UAUACCAUCCCACAAGGAAUAGUUAAAUAGCUGUGUUUGCAUUUUGAAGCAAACACACAUUUCUGAAACAAUGGAUCACAAUGAAGUUCCUGAGCACUUGAGAGAAGACAAGGUAAGUGAAGAGACGAAGAAACUGAUCACUUCACUUCCUAAAGAUAAAGAUUCUCAAGGAAGGAGGCUCUGCAAGUACCAAGGAAGCUGGUAUUACUACAACACUCUCCAAGGAGUCAUCAAUUUCCAUAACAAUUUUCAGCCACAAGAGACUGAUAUAAUCCUCGCUUCCACCCCAAAGUCCGGCACAACUUGGCUCAAGGCACUCACGGUCGCACUCUUGGAGAGAUCUAAACAUCAUGAUGAUCAUCCAUUGCUGUCAGAUAAUCCUCAUGCCAUAGUACCAUUCUUGGAGAACAAUCUGUAUCUCAAAAGCUCAACACCGGACCUAACCAAGUACUCAUCAUCAUCAUCAUCAUCAUCGUCCCCGAGGGUGUUUGCGACUCACAUGCCUUUGCACACCUUGAAAGAGGGUCUCAGGGGCUCUCCUUGCAAGAUUGUGUUCAUGUGCAGAAACGCAAAGGACGCGUUGAUAUCUAUGUGGUAUUUCAUCUGCAAGAAUCAGAGAGUUGAAGCGACUAGAAGCAUUCUCGAGUCGUUGUUCGAGUCUUUGUGCAGAGGAGUCACCUUCUACGGUCCCUUUUGGGACCAAGUCCUUAGCUACUGGAGAGGCAGCUUGGAAGAUCCGAGUCGUGUUCUGUUUAUGAAGUACGAGGAAAUGAAAGAAGAGCCUUGUGUUCAGCUAAAGAGACUUGCGGAGUUCUUAGGUUGUCCUUUCACUGAGGAAGAGGAAGAGAGCGGAGCUGUGGAAAAGAUCUUGGAGCUAUGCUCCCUGCGUAGUCUUAGCGACUUGGAGGCCAACAAGUCGGGUAAAACCGUUAACGGCGUGGAUCACAAGUUCGAAGUCGGUGACUGGAAAAAUCAUCUCACUCCGGAGAUGGAGAGGAGAAUCGACAUGAUCAUUGAGGAGAAACUAAGAGGUUCAGGUUUGAGUUUCUAAGAGUAUGGUUAUCAUAUAUAUGUUAAUUGUGUUUCUAUUAUGAAUGUAAUAAGACUAGUCUGGUUUCAUGACCAACAUUUCUCUUAUU